AUGGAUCCACAGCAGACACAAAAGGAAGAUGUGAAAGCUGAAGCUGACGCCAAACCUGAGCAGCCCCAGCACAACCUAGAGGAAGAGGACACCAAAGCUACCAUAGAGACAGAUGAAGAACCAGAGCCAGAUUUACAGAAGUUAGAAGAUAAUACUUCUAAAGAUAGUCAGCCAAAGCCUAAGAAUGGGAGGAGGAAGACCCCUUCUGAAGAGAUGAUGUUCUACCUGCUUAAAAUACUCUGUAAGAAUCUUCCCAUAAAGCCACGCUUGAGGGAGAAAGUUGUUACAGAAUUUUGCUCUCAAUUACUCAUAAAGGAAAUUUUCAAGCUAAAGAAGGAAGUCCAGAAGAGUUCUACCAAAGAUGAUAUAGUGCCAGACUGUUCUGAGGAUCUACUCAUCUCUCGGAUAAUCAGAGACUCAGAAACAUUGCCUGCCCUCCUGACUGAAUAUUCGAAAUAUAACAGUAAGAAAAACAACUUUGUGUCAGAUUCUGGUAAUUCUAAUGAAGAUGAAGAGGACAAGGGCCUUCUUCUAGAACUCCAGGAUUAUGCAAAGGAGGAAGCUAUACCUCUAAAAGAAAAGAAACAGGCUAAAAACCAACAAGAUCUUAAUGACCAAGACGAUGAUGAAGAAGAUGAUGAUCAAAGAGACGAGGACAAGGGAAACUAUAAAGAUGAUCUCAAGCGUCUCCUUUGCUCAAGUCUCUCCAAAGAUGACGAUGAAGAGGAUGCCCAAAUGACACAAGAAAUGAAAGGCUAUGAUAAACAAGCCAACAAGCUUGAUCUAGAGUUAGAGAAAUUCAAGAAACGGAAGGAAGAAGAAGAGGAAGAGAUCAAAGGCCCUAUAAUGUCCAUCAGCAAUGAUUCUUUAUCCUACGAGAGAUUCUAUCCAGGAAGAAUUUUGGGAAAUACUUUCCAGAUCACAAAUAAAUCUCCUAAGAAAGCAGAAGUUACUUUAUCCUUUACUACAGAAGGAUUGGACAAGAAGUUUGCACUUGAAAAAUUAAUGGAAUUCUAUGAAGUAUCCUCGAAAGAGGAAAUAGAACAGCCUUAUCUUGGCUUACUGGAUAAGCCUUUUGUAAACUCCCAAGAGCUAUAUAAUUGCUGGUAUAUAGAAGACCCUAAGACCAAAAGUUUGGUAAAGAAAGCUUCUUUAAUAUUGGAUCCUGAAGAUUCUUACGAAUUUAUCAUUGUAUUGAAGUCCCCAGUUAUCAAGAAGCCUCAAUUCUUAUUGACCAAUGUGAAAUGAACAAUGAAAAUUUUAUCUAAGUCCAAGAAGAUACCUCCUGCAGAAGAGAGUGUAGUCUUUGCCUUUGGCUCGCUUGAUGUCCCAAGGCUAAUAUGCCCAAAGGAAAUAAUGGAUGAGAAUAACAACUAUUCUUCAGUAAAGGUAGUAAUGAAAAAGAGUACUCCCAUUCAAGUUUUCAGAUUUUUACUCAUCAAUAAAGGAGAUAUGCCUAUUAAUAUCCACUUCUCAAGUCUAGAAAAUGAUGAUAUGCUGCUAUUUAUCAUGAAAACAAGGAACAUGAGCCUUGAGCCGGGCCAAAGAUCCAUUCUGGAACUAAAAGCGAACCAUAAAUUUAAAAGUAUCCCGAAUGACAAGUGGAAGACAACCAAUACUCACAAGUUAAUCAUAGGAAAAAUUCAAGACUGAGAGCUUAAGUUCAGCCUGAUCGUAGAUGUGAUUAUUAUAAACUAAUUUUCUUUAUCCAAAAUUUCA